CGAGUUCCGACGAGAUCCAAAAAACUUCUGAUUCAAGCGGUCAUCGCGCAAGUCUAGGGGCUCCGCAGUCAUAACAACACAGGCGCGCGCUUCCCGCCGUCGCUGACGUCGUAUCGCCCUCCGACCCAAAAAACUACCCCACCACAUUGCUACCCUCCUAAAGCCCUCCUAGGCGACGCGAACGACACAUUCGUGGCAGUAUUACGGUGAUCGCAGUGGUACGACGUACGGUCGUCGACAUGGACGCGAAGCCCACGGAUCACCGAAAGUCCAAACGUGAAUUACGAUACGCCGAAUCUCAACUACGGAAUCUCAAUACGAAAAUCGACAAACUGUUGAACAAACUAGACGAGAAGGAACAAGACGAAGCAAAAACGCCGGAAGAAGAGUGCGUGAUAUGCGUCAACUCAAAGGCGACGAUGCAGACUUGGCCUUGUGGUCAUCGGGUGGUGUGCCGCAAGUGUCUAGUGCGCACCAUCCAGAUAGCCGUUUCUCGGAGGUCUUUGCCGUUACGGUGCGUCGUGUGCCGCGCCCGCGUGUUGCGCCUCAAGAGAUCGUCGGACCCGCGAGCCGCGUCCACGGCGGUGGCUGCACCGACGGAAGGCGGCCGCGAUGUGGCCACCUCGUCCGGACGGUCGCACAGCUUGCCGACGAAACUCCGACGGCACGUGACUGCCUCCGUGGCCGUCCGGUCUCGAUCGGUCGGCACCGGCAAAACGAGUCACGUACGACGAACUACCAGUGGCGGCGGGUACAGUGGUGGCAGUAGUGGCGGCGGACGACGGCGGCACAACUUUGCCGGUUGGGCCGACGCCUUUGCCACGGACGAAGACGACGACGACGGCGGUGGCGGCGAUGACGACGAAGACGAAGACGACUACGACGACAGCAAUGGCGUUGCCGGAGGCGGUCGCUAUCAGACGCACGCCACUUCCGUCAAAUACAGCAAACUGGAAUCAACGGCCGACCGGAUGAGACACGACAAUCAAUCGAAAAACGGUCUACAGAGGAUACUCGGUAAAUUCAAAUUCUGGCGAUUUUUACGUUUUAAAAACAACAAACCGUAACGAUCGUAUACACGCGAUUUAUAUUAUUAUGCGGAUAGGUAUAUUAUAGUUAUGACCACGUAGAGCGCACUGUGUUUACUACAAUUUAACGGGUAUUUAACCGGUGGUAACCGAUGACUUAUAUUAUACUAUAAAUAUUUUAUCAUGUACAUACAUAAUAUUAAUAUAAUAAUAUAAUAAAGUGAUUGAUUUUUAAUAAAAUCCAUCGUAUUUUUUUCCGUAACCGGAAAUUAAAAUGACCGACGGUUAGCUCAUAUAAAAUUAUUAUCAUCAUAAUGUAACGAAUAACAUCCGACUUCAUAUAUAUUUUUUUUUUU